AGCGCUAAAGUAAUAUUGAAAUCAGGCGACAGGGAAACAGACAAUCAUACAAGACUCUCGGAAGACUAGACAAGCGCUAUAUUAAAGCUAGCUAGACUAGUACAUGUAGUAGCAACCGAGGCAGACAUGAGCAGUGAGGUCCUACAGAACGGCCAUGGACCGAGCAUAACUUUAAACGAAGUCUCUGAGUCAAUGGCAGAACUAGAUCUAGAUAGCCUUGACACUCCAGUCUGUACUGAUGAUGGUUCCUUUGCUGCUGAUGAUCCACCAGUGGUAGAGAUAGGGAGAGACCUGGACACACUCACAUACAGUGGCAGUACCAUUAACGAUCUUGAGGUCCAACUCACACACAGUAAGGAUGAUUAUCAGACAGUGCUCAUCCAGAGUAAGAGAAUGGUGGAGGGACUCAGACGAAAGCUCAACAGCCAUAUAAGGAAGUCCGAGCCCUUCAUUGAGAUAUGGCGGAAGGCUAGACAGAUACAGGAAGAGUCAAACAAAGCAGCCAUGAGAUAUGACAAGGCCAAUAGUCAGCAUGCUGCCUCCAAGGAGAUGAUACGCAUGGCAGAGUCCCAACUAGGGAGUCGUGUGAAGACAGAGGAGGAUGCUGUUGAUCCAAGCUCCCCCUCUCCCCUUGACCUUGCCUGGCAGGAGAUGCUCAACCACGCCACUCUCAAGGUUGUGGAGACAGAGCGUGAACGUCGAGCAAGUGAGUUAGAGCAUCGGUCAGUACUAGAGAAGGUUCAGCAUGUGAUGGAGGAGUACCGUGCUGCAGAGAAGAGACUCAGGAACCAUAUCAUCAAGUCAAGGCCCUACUACGAGGAGCGUUACCGUGCCAACCAGCGAUUAGGACAGCUACGACAUCACAUGCAAGAGUUGGAACGCAAAAUUGAUGAGAGCAAACAAACGUACACAAACACUCUAAAGAAGCUAGAGCUACUCAACACUGCGAUCCACCAUCGCCGUGCCUUGAGUCAGACUAUCCCUCGAGGGCACUCUGGCUCUGGGGCAGACCCUCGUCUCUCUUCCUCCACUGGCUGCUCCCCUCGACAAAGACACAGAGACAUGAGUGAUAAUGAGAGUCUGGACAGUGUACAGGUCCCUAGAGGGUUCACUGGCAGCAUUGGCUCAUUACCCUCCAUUGGUAUAUCCCCUGGCAAUAGCCCCACUCCACCUCUUAAUACAUCACCUGAUGAAAGCUCAGAGACACACUCGACUAGCGGGGGGGAGGACCCUGUACUAACAGAACAAUCUAAGCUAGUGACAUCAUCACCAGAGGAACUGUGUGCUAGCCAGCUGGUCAGUCAUUGUCUAGCAGCAGCCGUACAACACGUGGACCAAGACAGUUAGUAGUGCUACUUAUGUUUUGUGGAAUGAAAGUAUAUACAUGUACAUGGCAUUGAACACAUUAUUUAUUUUUCUCUGUAUUGGAUUAAUUACGUUGUGCACAUUGUGUUAUACAAUUUUACAGAUGUGCUUAUGGC